GCGGCGCUCGGUUUGGCCUCACUCGAACUCAUUCAAGCGGCUGAACAUCACCUUCGCGAGCCGGUCGCUCCAUUCGGGCUCCACGCCGAGCGGCCCGGAGUGGUUCCUGGCGCGCGUUGUCUUCAUCUCCGCCAGCUCCAAGCGGGUUGCCUACCGACCAGGUCGCUAACCUUGGUGUGA